AUGGGACUACUCACGAUUAUCAAGAAACAGAAACGCAAGGAUAAAGAAUUGAAAUGCCUAAUCUUGGGACUAGACAACUCAGGAAAGUCCACUUUAGUCAACAAACUUUUACCUGAAGAGGAAAGAUCGCAGGUGGAAAUCACUCCCACUAUAGGGUUCCAGAUCGUUAAUUUCAAUCAUGGAGGGUACACGAUCUCCAUGUGGGACAUCGGUGGGCAAACUACGUUGAGACCAUUUUGGGAUAAUUAUUUCGACAAGAUGGAAGCACUUGUUUGGUGUGUGGACGUGAGUGCACCUUCCCGGUUCCAGGAAUCGUUACGGGAGUUGUCUCAAUUGCUCAAUUUGGACCGGACUGUGGAAUCUGGGGAGACUCUACCUUUCAAGCUCAUUGUGGUGCUGAACAAGAUAGAUCUGGUUGACUGGAACAGUGUAGAGGGCCAGUUAGACUCACUAUUAAGUACUCAUCUCGAGGGCAUCGAGUAUGUGUCGUUAGCAGUGUCUGCUUUGAAUGGUCAGGGCACUAUGGAGUUGGCAACCCUACUCUUGCCCUAG